GUCAGUGGAGGAGGAGGAGCCGCCGGCGGCUUCCCGUCCACCCCAGGGAGAAUCUCGCUUUCCAAUUCAUUGAACCAAAAAAAAGGCUAAAAAGGAGAGGAAUCCCAGAACAGCAAUGGACGAUCCUGCUGGGCAAUUUUGUGAGUCUAAUGUCGCUUAUUGGCCACUGUUCGAAGAUUGAGCGGGGAUAACACAACAAAAAAUAUGCUCAGAAUUUUGGGAGACCUGUCUGACCUUCCCUCUGUCACGUCAAAGCUGCUCUGAGUGGAAGGGGAGAUGAGCAGAGAGAGAGGGGACGGGCCGGAGCAGCUACUUGUGAUUCUGGAACCCAGACCAAGGUGCAUCAUUCAAACCCGGAGAAACGGCACGCCAAGUGUUGAAGGAGACAGACACUCGUGUACCUCUGGUAACUCUGUUGCUGGACCAGGAAUGAUGCUGUUUUUGGCUCUAUUUCUCUGCCUGCCCUUCUUCGCCACAACUGCUCCUGCCGCCCUGGAGGCUAAAAGUGACUCAGACGGGUUUGUAAAAGUGGUUGACUUUGACAGUCUGCCCUUAAAUUAUCACGAUGAGGAGAAUGAAGAAGAACUGGUUGGAGACAAAAUCUUCCACAAAUAUGAAAAGAUUGACAAGGAAACUGAUGACAUUACUGGAGAUACAAUCCUUUCAGAGAGGGAGGUUAUUGAGGAGGAUGAUGACGAUUUCCCUGAAAGAAGGGUAAUUGAGCCCCUUCAUUGGCAGCAGUGAGCAGCGAGAUCAGUGGCAGCAACCUUAGAAGAACAGCCUAAGGAUUAUAGAAUGGACUAGAGCGAGUGAUUUUUUUUUUAUUUUUCAUUUAUAUUCAAGAUACCCAAGAAGAAUGAUCCAUCCAUGUUAUUUUAUAAUAGGUAACAUUUGUUAAAAAUAAAAUAUACUCUGGAAAAAGGUAUGGCAUGUGAACACUUUUUAAGCAUAUGGUUCCAGAGAAGCAAAAUCCCAUAACCCAAACACGAGAAGAACGGGAAUGUCAAAGUGUGAUGCAGGUUUUCGCUCAAGGAUCAAAAUAAACAGCAUUGGUGCCAAUUAACCUUUAAACAAUAACAUUUAUCAAAAAGUUAUCUUAAUGAUGGAUAUGUUGCUGAGCACACUCUAAGGGGUAGAUAUCUGUAAUAUUAUGCUGAAUAAAUCAUAUCACACUGCA